GAAAAAUUGGAAGACGUGAAUACAAUAUUUAUCAGCUUGUCCUUGAAUACACAGACUUUGGAGUGAUUGGAAUAUUAUUAGUUAAGGAUUAUUAGUAGUCUAUACAAAGAAAUGGGAUAACAGUUGGUGGAGGCAUGCAUGGAAUCAUGGAAGCUAUAUUUAGAACUACUCAAUUGCUGAAAUCUUGUCGGUUAUGUCAAACAGUUCGCUAUGCUUCUGGAUCAGUAAGAAGGCGUGAAGCUCGGGAAAAACGCAAAGAACAAGUGGUACAAUACCAGAGUGUGAAAGCUACGCCAGCAGAAAGGGUCUAUGUUUGGGGUCAUGCUGCAGCUGGUGCUUUAGGUGUACGUUCCUACUUGCGCCCUGAAAAAAGACACCAGAAACCUGUCACAGUGCAGCACAGACCUGCCAGACUACGAUUUAUGGAUGAAAAUGACAUUGAGGUUUAUAAUGUGGCAUGUGGGUAUGGUUUUACUCUAUUUGCCACAAAGCGACGGCGGCGUCACCUGGUGUUUGCUACAGGGAUAAACACAGACUCACAACUUGGUUACCAUGAAUAUCCAAAGAAUACAGGAAGGGUUUUGGAUUAUAUCAUAGAACCAGUACCUGUAGAUAUUCCAGGAAUUUCACAGACUGACAAUAAAGCUGUAUUACAAGUAGCAUGUGGACGAGCUCAUAGCGUCUUCCUGACCAAAGUUGGAGUGUUUUCACAAGGAAAUAAUGCCUAUGGACAGUGUGGCAGACCAUCAAUAGAAGGCGAAAGUUUUCAAAAGGUGUCAAAUAUAAAGAGAGUUGAAGGAAUUCCAGAAAACGUCAGCAAGGUUGUAUGUGGGCAGGAUCAUACACUGUUUCUGACAGAAGAUGGUCAGGUGUAUUCAUGUGGAUUAGGUGCAGACGGACAGACAGGUCUACAAACAUUUGAAUCAGUAGGUAUUCCACAGCAACUGAAAGGUGACAUAGAAGGUGUAAAGAUAGUUGACAUUGCCUCCAGAGCAGACUGUGUACUAGCUGUGUCAGAUACAGGGGAGGUUUUUGGAUGGGGAAAUUCUGAAUACAGUCAGUUGUCAAUGGUUACAGAUGAAACACAAGUUAGUGUUCCAAAACAUUUACCUAUUAUAAAUUGUGGGAAAAUACAGAAAGUGGCAACUGGAGGAUCUGUGUGCAUGUUACUGAAUGACAAAGGCCAAGUUUAUGUAUGGGGAUAUGGUGUACUAGGAAAAGGACCCAAAACAAACAUGCUGAAAAUUCCCAGUUUAUUACCUCCACCACUAUUUGGCUGUAAUGAGCUACAACCCAGUGUGAAAGUUGUAGAUAUAAGCUGUGGAAUGAGUCACUUAGCUGCAGUCACAGAUGUAGGGGACUUGUACACAUGGGGAAAAGGAAAAUAUGGCUGCCUAGGAAUACACAAGACAGAUGUGCAAUACUUCCCACUGAAGGUUGCCAUGCCAGCAUUUACACACAUGGUGGAAUGUGGAGUGGACCAUACUGUGGCACUAUGUAGAUCGUUUUCUUGAUGGAAAAUCUUUUGAAGGAAUCAUGCAUAAAUAUAUAUUUUUAAAUGGAAGAAUGAAAUCUCCACAGCGGUGUCAUGCCAAUAAGUAAAUGAUGAAUUUAUACAAGUGGACUUAUUUCCUAUAACUGGUACUGACCGUGAUUUUAUGUUGAAUAGAGACCUUUGUGGCUGAGUGGUUAAGGUCACAGACUCACAGACUUUGGAUAAUUACCAGCCUCUCACGGCAGUGGGUUCAAAACCCAUAAUGGGAUGCAGAGUUCUUUCAAAUGAGGAAGUUGUCCUUCUGUAGGAAAAUGACCUUACAAAACUACUCCCCCUGAAUUUUUAGUUAGUGGACAGAACCCCUCCCAUUAAACUUUAUUUGAUUUGAUUAUCCCCCCGCCAAAGGCGAAGGGGAUAUUAGAAAUGCUCUCCGUCCGUGCGUGCGUCCGUCCGUCCGUGUGUCCGCAACGAUCUUUGUCCGGAGCAUAACUCCAAAAGUACUGGAGGGAUUUUCUUCAAACUUCAUACACUGAUAGAACACAUUGGGAGGAAGUGCAGUGUGCAAGAACAAUAACUCUACCUUGCCUAUUUUUAGCUCACCUGAGCAAUGCUCAGGUGAGUUUUUCUGAUCGCUCGAUGUCCGGCGUCUGUCGUCCGUCGUCUGUCGUCUGUCGUCUGUCGUCUGUCGUCUGUCAACAUUUAGCUUGUGUAUGCGAUAGAGGCUGUAUUUUUCAAUUAAUCUUCAUGAAUAUUGGUCAGAAUGAUAACCUUGAUGAAAUCUAGGCCGAGUUCGAAAAUGGGUCAUCUCGGGUCAAAAACUAGGUCACUAGGUCAAAUCAAAGAAAAACCUUGUGUAUGCGAUAGAGGCUGUAUUUUUCAUUUAAUCUUCAUGAAUAUUGGUCAGAAUGAUAACUUUGAUGAAAUCUAGGCCGAGUUCGAAAAUGGGUCAUCUCGGGUCAAAAACUAGGUCACUAGGUCAAAUCAAAGAAAAACCUUGUGUAUGCGAUAGAGGCGGUAUUUUUCAAUUAAUCUUCAUGAAUAUUGGUCAGAAUGAUAACCUUGAUGAAAUCUAAGCGGAGUUCGAAAAUGGGUCAUCUCGGGUCAAAAACUAGGUCACUAGGUCAAAUCAAAGAAAAACCUUGUGUAUGCGAUAGAGGCUGUAUUUUUCAAUUCUUCUUCAUUAAUAUUGGUCAGAAUGAUAACCUUUAUGAAAUCUAGGCCGAAUUCGAAAAUGGGUCAUCUUGGGUCAAAAACUAGGUCACUAGGUCAAAUCAAAGAAAAACUUUGUGUAUGCGAUAGAGGCUGUAUUUUUCAAUUGAUCUUCAUGAAUUUUGGUCAGAAUGAUUGCCUUGAUAAAAUUUAGGCCGAGUUCGAAAAUGGAUCAUCUCGGGUCAAAAACUAGGUCACUAGGUCAAAUCAAAGAAAAACCUUGUGUAU